AUGGCCGCCGCCCCCGACAUCGCCAGCCUCACCUCCUCCGCCGACGUCUUCACCGCCAACCAUACCCUGCCCCAGAUCCGCGCCAUCCACCGCGCACUCCAUGUCCAGAUUGACGACAAGGCCGCGCGCCUGCGCACCCAGGUCGGCUCCUCCUACCGCGGCCUCCUCGGCACCGCCGACUCGAUCGUCCAGAUGCGCCAGGACAACGACGCCGUCCAGGCCCUGCUCGCCCGCAUGGGCCACCGCUGCGGCCGCGCCGUCGUCGGCCGCAAGCUCGAGGGCUACGCCGAGUUUGCCUCCGAAGCCGAAGACCCCCGCAUGGCCGUCUUGGCGAGGGCGAGGCUCCUCGACGCCUGCGCCCUCGUCGUCGGCAAGCUCCUGCUCAAGGGCCGUGGGGCUAACGCUGCUGCUCGGCGCGAGGUCCUCGUGCUGAGCCGCCUGCUGUCCAAGGGUUUCACGCGUGAGGAGCUGGCGAGGGAACCCGACGCCGCCCUCGUCGUCGACACGGCGAGAAAGACCCUCGAGGGUCUCCGCCGGCGUCUUCUCCGGAGCAUCGAAAAGUUCCUCGAAAAGACGGCAGACAACCAGGCCCAGAGGCAGGAUCACACACUCAAGGCCCUGUGCGCCUACAGCCUCGCCACGAGCUCGGGCGCCCGCGACGUGCUCAAGCAUUUUCUCACGGUCCGCAGCAAGGCCAUGUCGGCGGCCUUUUACGCCGACGGCGACGCAGAGACCGGUCGGCUGCAGGGCGGCGCCAACGUUCUCAAGAGCCAGCUGCUGUACGUGAGGACGCUCCUCGACGUCCAGGCGCUGGUGCCCUCGAAGCUCUCGGACGCCCUGGCCAACCUCAAGAAGCGGCCGCUGCUGCAGAGCGACGUGCUCCGAAACGUCGAGGCGCUGAGGCUCGACGUGUACGAGCGCUGGUGCGGCGACGACAUUCUGACCUUUACGCCCUUUAUCCGCCACGACGACCUCGACGGGCCCCAGGCACGCAGCAUGCUCACGAGCUGGGCCGAAAGGGGCGGCGAGGUGCUCGUCGCCGGCCUGCGGUCGACGAUGGAGCGCAUGACCGAGUUCAAGGCCGUCAUAGACCUCCGCACGAGCGUCCUCCGCCUCUGGAUCCGCGACGGCGGCAAGGCCCGCGGCUUUGACCCCUCCGAGAUGCUCGACGCCCUACGCGAGGCCAUCAACGGGCACCUGCUGGCGCUCAUAGAAGCCAAGGUCCACAAGCUGCACCUCGUCGCCUCCGAGGUCGCCGCCACGCUCGACGCCUGGAAGGACGGCGUCACCGACCGCCCGACGCCCCUCUGGGCGCAGACGACCCUCGACAUCGACCCGGCCGCCGGCGUCGACGCCUUCCUGCAGGACCUCGUGGCCCAGCUCCACGGCCGCAACGACGCCGUCGCCAGGGCCGUGACGUGCUUCGCCUCGUGGCGCCGCGUCAUUGGCGAGGUCGAGGGCGUCGUCGACGAGCUGAAGAAGCAGCGGUGGGAGAACGACGGCGACGACGACGACGACGAGAUUGAGGACGAGGAAACCAUUGACGCGCGCCACGCCCAGCUCAGCAGAGACGACCCCGCGGCGCUGCACGACCGGCUCGACGCGACGCUGGCACGCGCGUUCGCCGCCCUCGAGACCCGCCUCGCCGACCUGUGGCGCGCCCGCGCCGGCGCCGUCAACGCCGGGCCGCGUCGCCACGUACAUGCUCCGUGUCCUGCGCGACGUGCGCGCCGGGCCUGCCGCGGCUCGAAAGGGCCCGGGCCCCCGGCCUUCCGCAGCUUCGGCCUCGAAAAUGGUGCCAUGGGCGAGCACGUCGGCGUCCGCAAAUUCCCCGCCUUCCUCAAGCAGAUGCACGACCUCCUCGACGACGACGGUGUCUGCUACUUCCAGCUUGCCGGCCUCCGCAAGUACUGGCAGUACGAGGACCUCAUCUGGGGUCUGUUCAUGAACAAAUACGUCUUCCCCGGAGCCGAGGCCUCCACCCCGCUUGGCUUCUACAUUGACCGCUUCGAAGGUGCCGGCUUCGAGGUCCGCAACAUCGACACCAUUGGCGUUCACUACUCGGGUACCCUCUUCCCCCCCCCCAAAAAAAAAGGCUCGCCAACAAGGACAAGGUCGAGACCUAGUACGGCAAGCGGUGGUUCCGCGAGAGUGUUUUUCUUUUCUUUAUCUUCUUCUUCUUCAUAUGCAGUAAAAAAAGACUACCUCUAG